UCGCGCGCUUCGUACUAAUCACGCUGCGCGCACGCGCCGCUCAAAGGCGACUUGAGCGCGCGCCAGCAGCAGUUUCCAGCUGUGCUCGUGAACCGGACCGUUAGUGUGUCCUCCGGUGGACCAGGCGCUCGGUCGGUCUGUCGGUCUGUCGCUGCUCUCUCUGCCCGCUCUCCGCAGCUGUCUCCCCGGUGUGGAUCCAGCCUGUUGCCCUGCUCUCCGGAUUCAAACUCUCGUUCAUCGGCUCCCUCCCCCCCCGCUGACAGCUCCGGGAAGUUUUGGACCGGUUCUGUCUGUCCACUCUGAGGCUUUUAUACCCGGUUCUGCUGGUUCGGGCUGCCUCCCUCGGCUCCACCAUGGCUUGGAGGGUCCCAGUUAUGCUGUCAGUCAUCUGCGCUCAACUCACGGCGGGAGUCCCGGACGGACCGGCCGUUCAAGUGAUUGACGUGUUGAGUCUUCAGGAUUCGAAGCAGAGUAUUUCAGCCGUGGAGAAGCUGGCGGGUGGUCUGAGCGCGCUCAGUGAUGUCUACGUGGUGUCAACGUUUCGGCUGCCGGCGAAGCUGGGUGGAGUCCUGCUGGGUUUCUACAGCAAACAGGACAACAGGAAGUACCUGGAGGUCGCCGUCAUGGGGAAGAUCAAUAAAGUUCUGGUUCGUUAUGUCCGUGCUGAUGGGAAGCUCCACACCGUGAACCUGCAGAAUGCCAACCUUGCCGAUGGGCGGACUCACUCUAUCAUCCUGAGGCUCGGCGGCCUUCAACGCGAACACAUGCAGAUGGAGCUCUAUGUCGACUGCCGAUUGGCCGACUCCAGCCAGGGCCUGCCGCCAUUGGUUCCUCUGCCCAGAGAGGCAGAGAUGGUGGAGAUCAGACAUGGACAGAAGGCAUAUGCCAGGCUCCAGGGGGCAGUGGAGUCCCUCAGAAUGGCUCUAGGGGGCAGCGUUGCUAAAGCUGGAGCUCUGACUGACUGUCCAUUCCAAGGAGAUUCGUCAGCCUACAACUCAGUGAGUGGGGAGGUCAACUCCAUCCUGGGUGAUCACACCAAGGCUUUGAUUGGUCAGCUCAUCAUCUUCAACCAGAUCCUGGGAGAGCUCCGACAGGACAUCAGAGAACAGGUAAAGGAGAUGGCUCUGAUCAGGAACACUAUACUGGAGUGUCAGGUUUGUGGUUUCCAUGAGCCUCGUUCCCGCUGCUCUCCAAACCCUUGCUACAAAGGCGUAACCUGCAUGGAGAGUCUGCACUAUCCUGGAUACACCUGUGGACCCUGCCCACCUGGAACCACCGGCAACGGGACGCACUGCAUGGAUGUGGACGAGUGUGAGCUGCAGCCCUGCUACUCUCCUGGGGCCUGUGUCAACACUGUGGGGGGGUUCAGCUGCCAGCCAUGUCCUCCAGGCCUGUGGGGGGCGCCACUGACUGGAACUGGACUGGACUAUGCCAAGACACACAGACAGGAGUGUGUGGAUAUUGAUGAGUGCGUCGAUCUACCUGACGCCUGUGUGUCCAACUCUGUCUGCAUCAACACUGUGGGUUCAUACAAAUGUGGAAGCUGUAAACCUGGUUUCCUCGGUAACCAGACUUCAGGCUGCUUCCCCAGAAAGUCAUGCAACGCACUGACGUUCAACCCCUGCGACACCAACGCCCACUGUGCCAUGGAGAGGAAUGGGGAGGUCUCCUGCAGGUGUAACGUGGGCUGGGCCGGUAAUGGGAACACAUGUGGAGUAGACACAGACAUCGACGGAUAUCCCGACCGCUCUCUGCCCUGCAUGGACAACGACAAACACUGCAAACAGGACAACUGUGUGCUCACUCCAAACUCUGGUCAGGAGGACGCCGACAAUGACGGGAUCGGAGAUCAGUGCGAUGAGGACGCAGACGGAGACGGCAUCAAAAACGUGGAGGACAACUGCCGUUUGGUGCCUAACAAAGAUCAGCAGAACUCAGACAGUGAUUCGUUUGGAGACGCCUGUGACAACUGUCCCAAUGUCCCCAACAGCGACCAGAAAGACACUGACAGCAACGGACAAGGAGACGCCUGCGACCAGGACAUCGACGGAGACGGUAUUCCCAACGUUCUCGAUAACUGUCCGAAAGUACCAAACCCGAUGCAGACGGACAGAGAUCGAGACGGAGUCGGAGAUGCUUGUGACAGCUGUCCUGAACUCAGCAACCCCAUGCAGACGGACAUUGACAACGACCUGGUGGGAGAUGUUUGUGACACCAACCAGGACACGGACGGAGACGGUCACCAGGACAGCAGAGACAACUGCCCCGACAUCCCCAACAGCUCCCAGCUCGACUCCGACAACGAUGGCCUCGGAGACGACUGCGACCAUGACGACGACAACGACGGCGUCCUGGACGACCAUGACAACUGCAGGCUCAUUGUCAAUCCCAACCAGAAAGACUCUGACGCUAACGGCGUUGGUGACGUCUGCGAAAAUGACUUUGAUAAUGACGCUGUGAUGGAUCUGAUCGACGUGUGUCCAGAGAGUGCUGAGGUCACGCUGACAGACUUCAGAGCCUAUCAGACGGUCAUCCUGGACCCGGAGGGCGAUGCCCAGAUCGACCCCAACUGGGUGGUCCUGAAUCAGGGGAUGGAAAUCGUCCAGACGAUGAACAGUGAUCCUGGUUUAGCCGUGGGCUACACAGCGUUUAACGGCGUUGACUUUGAGGGAACAUUUCAUGUCAACACUGUGACGGACGACGACUAUGCCGGCUUCAUCUUUGCCUACCAGGACUCAUCCAGCUUCUAUGUGGUAAUGUGGAAACAGACAGAGCAGACGUACUGGCAGUCCAUCCCCUUCAGAGCCAUGGCCCAGCCUGCGCUGCAGCUUAAGGCAGUGAAGUCUCGGACCGGACCAGGUGAGUUUCUGAGGAACGCUCUCUGGCACACCGGAGACACAGCUGGAGAGGUGAAGCUGCUGUGGAAGGAUCCUCGGAACACCGGCUGGAAGGACAAAACCUCGUACCGCUGGCAGCUGAGCCACCGGCCACAGGUGGGAUACAUCAGGGUAAAACUGUUUGAGGGGAUGGACAUGGUGGCGGACUCUGGCGUUGUGAUCGACACCUCCAUGAGAGGAGGCCGGCUCGGUGUGUUCUGCUUCUCCCAGGAAAAUAUCAUCUGGUCCAACCUGCGCUACAGAUGUAACGACACGGUGCCUGAAGACUUCCAAUCUCAUCGUAAACAAGUUAUGAUGCACAUUCAGGUCUGAGAGCUGCAGAAGGACUAUUCACACACACAACACAAAUACACAGAUACACACAUCCCCAAACACUUUAACUGUAGUCUGAAUGUGAGCUGUGUGUGUGUGUGUGUGUGUGUGUGUGUGUGUGUGUGUAGGUGUGUGUGUGUGUGUGUGUGUGUGUGUUUGUGUGUGUGUGUUGCAUGAAUGAAAGGGAAGUCGUUGAAAGAAACCAGUCAUCAGAGAGGACAGUCUGGAGAAACACGGGAGCGCCUGAACGCACCAUCAGUGUCGGUUUAUGUGACCUUUAAUUGUUUGUUUAUGUAUUUACAUACAGGUUAAGUAAAGAGAAAACCUCAUUUAAAAUCUAUGUGACAUUUUCAACUAAUACCUAAACAUUUAUUGAAUUUCCCUUCUGGAAUAAAUAAAGUAUUUUUCAUUUCGUUAAUUUUUCAUUCAUUUAGCUUUGGAACUGAGUUUUCUAUCAACAGUUUGUCAAGUUAAGUUUCACAGAACAACUGGAGGCCAACACUACAGAGCAAGUUCACCAUACCCAAGAUAGGUUUUUUUUUUCUGGCUUCACUAAAUUGAACAACACAAGUCACACGGAGUUAUCAACUCAGUAAGUCAUCUGGGUUUUAAGUGCUUUCACAUGAGAGGGGCGAAGUUGGCAAGAGAUAACUAAUCACAAUAAUGGACAGGAGGUGAAUAUUUCUCACCAGGAGAACAAGCUACAAUCCAAAACCAAUAAAAGGAGUUUUAAAAAUAUAAUACGAGCUGAAAGCAACACAGCUGGUGCAGCCAAAGUCAGAAGGGAAAGGAAGGAAGACUCAAGCUUGUUUAGCGGUUGGCUUCUUCUACUCUGUUUAACAGAGCUAACACAGCCUAUAGCCACCUUUUGGCAACACAAGGCAGUCUGGUUUAUCGACUCAAAGGAAUUUUAUUUUUUUUACAUUUUUUUUAAUUUAGCAAUUCUCGACAAACACAGCUACUAAUAUCUUAAAUUGUUUCAGAACAAUAAGAAGAAUUUUCUUUUCUCAUGUGUCCCUGAUAAAAUAUUGAGCUUUUUGUGUUAAUCGUUAGUCCUCAAAUGUUAUCCGACCGUCCAGUCUGUAGAAAAAAAAUAUUCCUGGAGGCUGUAGUAUAAGAUGUUGAAAUGUUUCCUCUUAAUGAAUGGUACGUCAGUGUGCACAUCAUUCAGUCGUGUUUCUCCAGACAAACUCCUGCUUUGGCUCCUCACUGAUCUGAGUCCAAUUUGAGAUUGCAGUUUGAGUUCAUUAGUGACGUUUAAACAUGAAAACAGUCCUGAAUUUUGUCGGCUGGAAACACACGCAUUUCCUCAGGACUGUGCAGCCAUUAAGGAUUUUUUUUUUAAUAAGAUGAAGGAGCAAAGAGGAGAUUUUUGUCUUCAAAUCAUAAAAUCUCAGUUUAACUGAUCCACAAACAGCAACAACGAUAAUUCCAGGCCUCUACCGACCUAGACAACCCUGCUGAGACCUGAUAAGCUAACGUUACACAGGGGAGACGCUUUGAUUUGAAUGAAAAGUUGAACGCAAGUUGUUGUGUAUUUUCAAAAUGUACAUAACUUUGUUGAAAUAAACUACCCAACCAAGACUUUUCCUACAA